CCGGCGCCGGCGCCGGUCUAGGAGGCAUUAGUGCGCAUGCGCCGGCACCGGGCUCAAGGGCUACCGCUUGUCGGAUCUCUGGCCGUUAUGUGAUGCAUUCGACAAAUGCCGCGGCCCUACUCCGUACUCAAUGCAUGCCUACUAUCUAUCUACUGUAUCUCCCCCUCAUUUUCACGGUGCCUAGCUUUCCCAUCACUGGCCAGCCGCCUGGUGCAUCUUCGGGUCUGGCGCACCUGGGCAGCAGGACCCGUCUAUAGGCGGGUGUUUGGACUCUCUUAUCUUGCCUGUUGGCCUGCUCGUCAGCCGGUGAUGCCAUGAUUGCCAGGUGCCUGCAUGGGCGCCGCUCGUCACUGACAACGACCAAUUCGGUCAUCAGACAAGAUCUUAUUUCAGUUCUUCUCCCGGAUUCACCCGGUCUUGGGAGACUCAUUACACUCGUCCACUUCCCGUCUCACGGUUCGUGUGCUUAGAAAACAGCGCUGUCUCACGACUCGGGAGCUUACAACCUCCCUCCGCCGCCCUCCAGGCCCACCUCCCUGGGAUUCAGGAAGCCCAAUUUGACGGACCAAAUCUGCAGGGCGCUUCAGAGGCACCCUCGGAGAGUGUUGUUACGAUAUGCCGAGUGGGUCAUCUUCUGAGACGGUGACACCAACCGAGAGUCUCCCUACUGAGACAUCGGCGCUCCUCCCCAAGCCGUCGUCCACUGAUCCGUCAGACUCUGAUGUCGCCGCCGAGACGGUCAAAUCCGGCCUCCCUCCGUGGAGGUCAUGGCUGGCCGAGAUAUGGCUGCUCACCAAGGCGUCGAUCCCGGUGAUUCUGGCGUACACGCUGCAGAACUCGCUACAGACCGUUUCCGUCCUCAUUGUCGGUCGCCUGUCCCCAGAGGCACUGGCCACGGCUGCCUUCUCCUACAUGUUUGCCAUGUCAACGGCGUGGCUCAUAGCGCUAGGCGGGACAACGGCGCUGGACACCCUGGCGUCGAGCAGCUUCACUGGGUCCACUAACAAGCACGACCUGGGGGUGCUUUUGCAGAGGGGUCUCUUCGUGCUGUCGCUGUUCUACGUCGUCGUGGCGAUAAUAUGGUCCUUCUCCGAGCACAUAUUCCGUUCAUUGGGACAAGAGGAGUAUAUAUGCGUCCAGAGUGCCAUGUUCCUGCGCUGCUUAAUCCCGGGUGGGCUGGGGUAUGUGUGGUUCGAGUCAAUGAAGAAAUACCUUCAGGCCCAAGAAAUAUACCGGCCUGGCACUUAUGUGCUGCUCAUCACCUCCCCUCUCAACGCGUUGCUGAACUACCUCUUCAUCCACGUCUUCGGCAUUGGCCUCUACGGCGCGCCCAUAGCCACAGGCAUAUCCUACUGGCUGUCUUUUCUCCUCCUCGUCGCCUACACCGCCUUCAUCAAGGGCCACGAAUGCUGGGGCGGCCUCGCGCCGAAGAAGGCCCUCCGACACCUAGGUCCGUUCGCACGCCUGGCGCUCCUGGGCGUGGUCCACGUCGGCACGGAGUGGUGGGCGUUCGAGAUCGUCGCCCUCGCCGCCGGUAGGCUGGGGACCAUCCCGCUGGCAGCCCAGAGCGUGAUCAUGACCGCGGACCAGGUCAUCAACACGGUGCCGUUCGGGCUCGGGGUCGCUGCCUCGGCGCGAAUCGGAAACCUCCUCGGGGCUCAGCGACCGCGGGAGACCCGGCGUGCCGCCCACUGCGCUGCGGUGCUUAGCACGGUGAUGGGCGCGCUGAUCCUCGCCGUACUGAUGGGGACCAAGGAUGUCUUCGGCCGGCUGUUCAACGAUGACGACAGGGUCGUUGAGCUGGUCUCCAAGGUUAUGCCUUUUGUGGCCCUGUUCCAGAUCGCAGAUGGGUUGAACGGCUCGUGUGGUGGGGUCCUCAGGGGCAUGGGGCGCCAGUGGGUUGGCGCGGUGGUCAACAUUGUGAGUUAUUACUGCGGAGCGCUUCCGGGUGGGAUAUAUCUUGCCUUCCACGGCUGGGGGCUCUCAGGCCUCUGGGUGGGGCAAUGCGUUGCAUUAUACCUCGUGGGCAUAUUAGAGUGGGUGAUUGUUGGCCUGAGCAACUGGGAGAAGGAGGUCAAGAGAGCCAGUGACAGGUUAGAGGCCGGCGGAAUGGGUGCUCGUGGAGGUCAAGGCGAGGAAGAUGGUGAGCUCUGAGCUGCGUGGGAGAACACCACAAAGACGACAAUUCUCCUCCAUCAUUUGAUCGCAACUUGGAGGGUUUGACCGAGGACAGAAAAAAUCGAAAGGAGAAAAAGUAAAGGUUCCACAGCACGUAUGUAUCUAUGUAGAAAGCUGAAUAGAAAAAUAUAUCAAACCAGCUAGCAACAUGGAAGAAGGGGGAGGGGGGUCGCGGAGUCCCUUGUCCACGACUUGAGCCUUAUUGGCGACUAACCCACCUGUAGACCGUUCAUGUGGCGGCCUCCCCCUUUCAGAAACAACUCGUGUAUUUCUUCCAAAUGUUUCUGCUCUCUCUCGGCUUUUCCACCGGCGCAGGUCAUUCGAUGUGUUUGAACACUGUUGUGACCCUCGAUGACCGAGACAUGGGCCCAUCGGUACGGUGCCACGGCAAUGCAUUGGAUGCGCGCGCGCGCGCGCGUGUGUGUGUGUGUGUGUGUGUGUAUGUGUACGCAGUGCCAGGUAUUACCAAGAGAUCUGACUACUGCACGGAAUCGAGAUGAUGCUGAGUCUGCUCUGAGGUCAAC